GAUGUUUACAGCCUUAGGAUUGUAUUUUUGGAGCUGUUGACAGGGAUGCCGCCCAUAUCUCAUGGCAGAAACAUUGUCAGGGAGGUGCUACAAGCUUGUCAAUCUGGAUCGAUGUUCUCCAUCAUAGAUCGAAGCAUGGGCCCAUAUCCUUCUGAAUGUAUCAAGAAAUUUAUGACAUGGGCCCUCAAGUGUUGCGAUGAUCAGACCAAGGCGCGACCAACAAUGUUGGAGGUGGUACGAGAAUUGGAGAACAUAUCUUCCAUGCUACCGGAAACCGACACUAUCACCACGGAAUCAGAACCUUCCAGCUCAGGAAUCGAGGAUUCUGCCUUACAGCCUCUUUACCCAAGGAGAAGUCCACACACAUCCACCGAUUUGGUCGGAAGUGACCUUGUAAGUGGAGUGAUAACCACAAUCACGGCCCGUUAAUGCACCGCUUCGCUUUAACUAGGAUCGGUCGCAUCAAAUAAUAUAUCUUUGGGGACCCCC